CUUCCAAGUGUUUUAACCAGAUGAAUACAAUUUGACGGCUUAGCAGGGCUGUGGGGGUCAGCUAUAUAUUCUCCCUAAUAGUGUGUGUGUGUCGAACCGGCCAGAGUUAAAAGCACCACCUGAGAUAUUCUAUGAUGCUGAAGAGGCUUGCAAAUACACUUCAUCCUCUCGCACAACUUUCAGAGAGAGCUAUAGAGCUUCUUGCCUUGCCUGAUGAUGGAGUCCCAAGACUGCUCCUUGAUAUUGGUUGUGGAUCAGGUCUUAGUGGGGAGACAUUAUCUGAGAAUGGACAUCAAUGGAUCGGUCUUGACAUUUCACCAUCAAUGCUUGAUAUUGCAUUGGAGCGGGAGGUUGAGGGUGAUUUGUUACUUGGAGACAUGGGUCAGGUACCAACCAAGUCCUUUUGCUCAUUGUCUAUAAUUGUGACAUCUUUAUGUCACU